UUUGUUGGUGUGUAGAAACAGCAUGCCCUGAUUUUAAGCAACACAUUAUAAACUGAAAGUAAACAAAUGAGAAGAGCAUCCCAUCAUUGUUUCCAAGUUGAAGUGAAAGACAAGUAAAAAGCACUGAAGCUAAUGCGUCAUCAUUCUCCCUCUCUCUCUAUUUAAACUACAUUUCUACAGCAAAACGAAUCCCCAAAAAAUGGCCAGACUCAAACGGGGAUUGGUUAAUUUUCAGAUUUUCAUAACCAUCUUCAUCUUCAUCCAGCUUUAUGUGGGUACUUGUGUUUUUGCCUCAACUUUGACUGACCCAGUUGCUCAGCAGCAAUUAGACAGAGUUGUUGAGCUGCCAGGUCAAUCGUUUAAUGUUAGCUUUGCGCAUUAUUCUGGUUAUGUCACUGUUAAUCAAGAAUCCGGGAGGAAUCUUUUCUACUGGUUCUUUGAGGCUGCUGCUGAUCCUCAUUCUAAGCCCCUUAUUCUUUGGCUCAAUGGAGGACCUGGGUGUUCGUCCAUUGCUUAUGGAGAGGCAGAAGAAAUAGGCCCAUUUCAUAUUCAGCAAGAUGGCAAGACUCUUUAUUUGAAUCCUUAUUCUUGGAAUCAAGUUGCUAAUAUUUUGUUUAUUGAUUCCCCUGUUGGAGUUGGUUAUUCAUACUCAAAAACUUCAUCCGAUUUGCUGAAUAAUGGUGAUAAAAGAACCGCUGCAGACUCGCUUGCAUUUUUGCUUAGGUGGUUUGAUCGCUUCCCUCAAUUUAAAGGAAGGGAUUUCUAUAUCACAGGGGAGAGCUAUGCUGGACAUUAUGUUCCUCAGCUAAGCCAAGCCAUUGUAAGGCACAACAAAGAAACAAAAGGAAGGACAAUUAAUCUAAGGGGUUACAUGGUGGGAAAUGCUCUGACUGACGAUUACCAUGAUCGCUUGGGGGUUUUUGAAUUUAUGUGGACAUCUGGUUUGAUUUCUGACCAAACAUACAAGAAACUCAAUCUGUUAUGUGGUAAUCAAUCAUUUAUCCACGAUUCAGAUGCAUGUGAAGAUAUUUUAGACAUUGCUAGUAAAGAACUUGGAAACAUUGAUCCAUAUAGCAUAUACACUCCUUCCUGCGCUAGAAAUGUCAGUGGGUCUAAUCAAUUGCUGAAAAAGAUGCAUAGGUUUGGUCAUGUCAGUGAGAAGUAUGAUCCAUGCACUGAGGCACAUUCAAGGAUGUACUUCAAUUUGCCCGAGGUUCAGAAGGCACUACAUGUUUCAACAGAAUUUGCAGAAUCUAAAUGGGAGACCUGCAGUGGACUUAUAAAUACCAACUGGAAAGAUUCUCCAAGGACAGUGCUGGACGUUUAUCAUGAGCUUAUAGAAUCCGGACUUCGUAUAUGGGUAUUCAGUGGCGAUACAGAUGCUGUUAUCCCAGUAACGUCCACUCGGUAUAGCAUAGAUGCUCUCAACCUCACAACUACAAAGCCUUGGCAUGCUUGGUACGAUGACGGACAGGUGGGUGGAUGGAGCCAAGAGUAUGCUGGACUUGCAUUUGUUGUGGUGAGGGGAGCAGGACAUGAAGUCCCGCUUCAUAAACCUAAACUUGCGCUUACCCUUGUCAAAGCUUUCUUAUCAGGAACAUCAAUGCCAACUCUUGACCUAGUUAGUUCCUCAUGAUGUUUCUUUUCUCAUCCUUGGAAUUUAAUUUUCCAGACUUGAUAGGCAUUGCUUGACAUUUUUAAUCACUACAUUAUCUUGAAUAUGUAAUGUUAAGGUUUUGUAUCUCUAUUCAAUCUAUCUUAUUUUUCAGAUUAAACAAUA